AUGGGAAGUCACGAACUGCGCCGCGGGGAGGGGCCUUCUUCGUCUGUUUCUUCUGUUUUGGGGGGAAAAUUAGCAGUCGUCGCUUCGCACGAGGGCCUCCUGGAUCGUACAGUGAUUUUGGAUGGGGAUUCGCGGACGUCGGGUUGGGAUAAUCUUUUCCUUUUGAUUGUGAUGUUCCUGCUGCGAGAGCCUCCCUCUGUCGUACUAGCGGUUGCUGCUUCGCUUACGUCGACGGAAUCUGUUGUGGGCAUGACUCUGCUGUUGAUAACUAGACUUUUGACGGCUAUGAUGGUACGAAAGGGAAGGUGGAAACUAGAUUGGAAAGGAUCUAGGUUCUACUAA